AUCUAACUCUCUCUGCACAUGUUACAUCUGCCCCACCUGCAGUGCACAUGAUUUUGCCCAUUAAUUAACAAAUUUGCUGCUGCAAACAGGUUUGAAUUACCCCCAUAUAGCAGGGUGUAGCCAAGUCACGGGAUACUGGCAAGACAUAUGUAUUAUUAUUAUUAUUAUUAGCCGCUUAACUGAGGUGGGGUGGGGACGCUGUGUCUUUCAUUUCGUCCAUUAAAUUUACACGUAGUGCCGUUGCCACCCAUUGCUAUAAUUGAGCCCUCGUCUACUUUUGAAAAAGCGUUUCAGGGAGACGGUGACAGCAGCGUCUGUGGGAACGGAGCCACUGGCGCAGAGGGUGUGUACCGCACCCUCUGAGAGGCGUGUCAUAAGACUGACUUACGCCCAACUAUGAACAAGCCCCCGUUGCCUACAGUAUGUUUCACAGUCAGAUGGGAUGCUGGCAGAUUCACAACCGACGCCAGAAUCCCGAUGUUUAUAAUUCCAACAGGGGCGUGUAUGUGACGUCACCCCUCUUAUCCCAUGAUAUUCCCGGCACCCCCCAUUCUGUACACAUUCUUCUAGAAGGUUACUGCAGGGAUGUAGGUGUUGAUCGUUUCCAAGCUGAUGGCUCGGUCACCCUCGUCCGUGGCCCCCUGACUGUAUUGGUAGACACCGCUGGUCCCUGGUCUCGUGACUUCAUCCUGCAUUCCCUGCAGAGCCGCGGUGUGUCUCCCGAUGAUGUGACAAAUGUUAUCUGCACCCAUGGACACUCCGAUCACGUGGGCAACCUGAACCUUUUCCCCAAGGCCGAGAUUCUGGUGUCGUAUGACCUCUGGCGAGAUGGAUCCUAUGUUUCUCACAACUUCCGUGGCGGAGACCCUUACCUGUUACCUGGUGGAGAAGGUUUGAGAGUGGUGCCAACACCAGGCCACACGGGCAGUGAUAUAGCACUCCUUGUUCCUGGCACAACACUUGGCACAGUUGCGGUAGCCGGGGACGUGUUUGAAAGAGAAGGAGAUGAGGACACCUGGAGAGAACUUAGUGAGAACCCAGAAUUACAAGAGAAGAGUCGAAGGACUCUACUGGAGUUGGCCGAUGUCAUCGUGCCAGGACAUGGGCCUCCAUUCAGGGUAGUCCGGGCUGGAUAGGAACCUGGUCCUCCUAAACUCCAUUAGCAUAGAUGAGAUUAAAAUUCAUUUUUCUACAUUUAUUUUCUGUCUUUAUGAUUUACAACCACAGAUGCCUAGUGUAUUAUCUAACAUAGUGGUGGCAACUCCUUCAUCAUUUCAGCCGAUGUUUCUGAUCAUUAUGUUGUGAAAAACCAUUGGGUCAAUAUAUUCUGGCCUGCAACAAAUGUAAAUAAGAUGGUUACUAACUGGUAACAGUAAAUAAAGUGGGGCAAAAAAUU